UAGCACUUCCGUUUUGUUGCAACGCGUGCCGUGGCGCCAUUUGCUUCUCUCUGUCUCUUGUCUAUAAUUUGGAAUAGAUCGUCUUUAUGGCCAAGGUUUAUUAGAUUGGUUAAUUAUGUUUAAAGUGAUAUGAGAUGGAGGCUUGGGCGAAUUUGUGUCGUUGCUGCCUAUCUCCCGAUUCCGGUGUACCACUGUUAGACUCCGCUCAAAACGUUAAUAGCAAGUUUCAAGAAGUCACAACCCUAGAGGUUAAAGAAGACGAUGGAUUGCCACAGAAGCUCUGUGAGGAUUGCUACUCCAUUUUAAACUCUGCAUAUCAUUUCCGUAAACAAUGUUUGAAAAUGGAUAAAGAGUUACGAUAUCAACUGGACUUGCUGAAGGAGGCAGAGGAAGAACAAACAACAAGUCAUAAGAAACAUAAGAAGAAGAAAGGUGCAGUUGAUGUUGAUAAUGAAACUAUGAAACAGCUAGAGGGUAUAAUCAAAUCUGAACCCAUUGACGUUGAUGAUGAUGAUGAUUAUUAUUAUGUACUAGUAAUUGAUGAUGAAAAGAAAAAAGCUAUUGAAAAUCAAGAAUUAGCAGAAAGUAAUAUUAAAAUAGAAGAAAUAAACGAACCAGAAAAUGAAGAGGUAAAUGAAGAGGAACAACAAAAUGAAAAUCAAGAUACACAUUUCGAAGAUUCCAUCGAUUCUUUUUUGCUAACUAACUCCAAAGUAUCUGACAGAGUUCCUGCAACGAUAUUAGAGAAUGAAGAAAGUCAGGAUAAUGAUAAUAACUUUGAAGAUAUGCACGUUGAUGAAACUGAAAAUGAAAAUCAAUUACUACCUCAUUUAAUACAAACACAGUCUCAAGAUGCAAUUGAAAUGGAAAAUAAUUCUAAUGAAAUACAAAACAUGGGACAAAUAUCAAAGAAUUCCAAUUUAAUUAAAAUAUUAACCAGUUCGGGUAACGAAAGGACUUUGAUGGUUAAAAAGGAACAUGUCAAAUAUUUAUCUGGACAACAGUACAUUUCAAUUGAAGAUGAUGAAGGUGUAACAACACAGGAGGAGGUGAUAUUAUGCGAGGGUGAUGAUUCCUCACAGUUCCAAAUAUUGAAAUGUGAUGGUUCCGAAUUGGUGAUAGAAUAUGCUGAUGACAGCGAGAUAACAACGGUGAUGCAACAAGAAGAUGGUACAUUUGUAUGUGAUUGCGGUGAACAAUUACAGAACCUGGAUGAAUAUGAACAACAUCAGCACCAACAUAAUCCAGCCGGUGAACAUUUAUGCAAUUUAUGCGGCAAAGGAUUUGAAACAUCAGAGAUAUUGAUAGGUCAUAUGUUGUUACAUAACGUUACAGGACCAGUAGUUACUUGUCCUUUUUGUAAACAAUUAAUUAGAAGGAAUUCAUUAACUCAACAUAUUAAAUAUGUUCACAAUAAUAAACCUCGUUGCAAUGUUUGCUUCAAAACAUUUGCUAACCAACAUAAUCUGAAACGUCACAUGAUGAUACAUAAUGAUAUAAGGGAAUUUGAAUGUGAUAUCUGUUUAAAAAGAUUCCACCAAAAGAUAACAAUGCAAACGCAUCGUUUAAAUCAUUUGAAUGCAUUUUCAUGUAACCAAUGCGAUAUGACAUUUAAAACUAAAGAAGCAUUAACAACACAUCGUGAUUUCGAUGAAUGCAGUAAAAGUAAAGUGAUAAAAGCCAAAGAGGAAUUAAUGAAGACGGUUAAACAGGAAAUCACAACGAAUCUAGGCAAAGUUCUAGGUUAUGCUUGUUCGUUGUGUAAGAAAAUGUUCUCAUUAGAGUCCGCAUUAGAACAACAUAUUGAAAGUACUCAUAUAGUUGAGAGUGAGUUCUCCGAUACUCAGAAAAUUAUGAGAAAUAGAAAUAUUAAAAGAUUUGAAUGUCAUAUCUGCGGUAAAAGUUGUGCCAGUCAAGCGAUGCUGACUAUGCAUGAACGUGUACAUACAAAUGAAAGACCGUUCCCUUGUCAAUUAUGUCCUUUAAGGUUUAAAACUAAAACACAUCUCCGGACUCAUCAAUUGACUCAUACGAGAGAGAAGAAGUUUGGAUGUUCUGUUUGUAUGAAAUUCUUUGCGUUGAAAGGUAAUUUAGUUGUACAUUUACGUACACAUACAGGUGAGAGACCGUAUGUUUGCUCGAUAUGUGGUGAAGGAUUUAUAGAUUCAAAAUAUCUUAAAAAACAUAAACUCAAGAAACAUACGAUUGAAAAUGUGUCAUAUAAUAAAUAUUAA